AUGCACUCUCCCAAGAAGAAAAAAAAAACAAAAAACCUCUCUAGCAAUGCACACCAAACUGAGCAUGUGCAGAGUGACUCCACGUGAUAUGUCUUAUCAGGAGAUAAGAGGGGGACACUGAAGAAGAAGGGGAGGAUCAGAGAAGUCAGGAUCAAACAGCGUUUUUACACAAUGCGGAGGAUUAACCCCUUAUGUUCCACAGUGAGUAUACCAAGCAUGCUUUACUGUCAAGGGCGACUGACAACUCAUGGGGCUCCCGGGCAAUAGGGGAUCAUGGGGCCCCUGUGUCCUUGCUCAAGCUCAAAAAAUCCUAU